AUUGCCCGAAGAAGACUCGAUGUGAGUCGCAGUAUGAUGACGUAAUAGAAAAAAAUGGACAGAAAACACAUGUCUGCUUUCUCCCUGUAUCAAACGUUAGAAAAGGAAUCGCCGUCUCACGCAAAGAAGCGUUCGUUUCAGGUGGCGCAUAAGAAAAAGAGAAAGAAUGAUGGUCAAACUGUAAAUCAUGCAACACAAGGGAAAAAGAAGAAAAAGAAAGCCAGGAAUCACACGGCAGAGGUUUCAUUACAGGGAAAUACUGAAGUGGAUUGUGUAAACGGCGGCGAGGAAGCACUAAAUGUGUUCCUGGCUGAGCUGGCAAAGAUCAAUAACAGCAUGGAGCGUGCCAGCAAGCUUUUCCAGUGGCUGAUCAAUCCUCUUCCUGCCAAGGCCUUCUUCAGGGAAACGUGGGAGAAGAAACCUGUUCUUGUUCAACGUAAAAAUCCAGAUUACUACAAGGGAUUAUUCUCCACUGAAGAGUUUGAUCGCAUUCUUCGACAGGAGGAUGUUCAGUAUGGAGUGAAUCUCGAUGUCACAAGCUACACCGACAGCAAGAGGGAAACGCACAACCCUCCUGGAAGAGCGCUGCCAUUUACUGUGUGGGACUUCUAUGAGAAUGGCUGCUCGCUCCGUAUGCUGAAUCCUCAGGCGUUCUCCUCCACUGUGUGGAACGUGCUGUCCAUGCUGCAGGAGUAUUUUGGCAGCAUGGCAGGCGCCAAUGUUUACUUGACGCCGCCCGGAACGCAAGGAUUUGCCCCGCAUUAUGACGACAUUGAGGCAUUUGUGAUUCAGCUGGAGGGAAAGAAGCACUGGAGGGUCUACAACCCAAGGUCAGACGAUGAAGUCCUACCUGUGCUUUCAAGCCCAAACUUUCACCAGUCGGAGAUUGGGAAGCCGAUUCUGGAAGUGGUGCUGGAGGCGGGGGACCUCCUUUACUUUCCCCGGGGGUUCAUUCACCAGGGCGACUGCCUCCCAGAUGCGCAUUCCUUGCACAUCACCGUCUCCUCCUUCCAGAAGAACAGCUGGGGAGAUUUGCUGCAGAAGAUGGUCCCGACCGCUCUUGAAAUCGCAAUGGAGGAGGAUGUCGAGUUCCGACAGGGCUUACCCCUGGACUACCUCUCAUACAUGGGUGUUCAAAACUCCGACAAGGAUGAUCCACGUAGGACAAAAUUCUUCACCAGAAUUGACCACCUAAUGAACAAGCUUAAGAAUUUCGCUCCAGUUGACGCAACUGUGGAUAUUAAAGCCAGAGACUUCCUUCAUGACUGCUUACCUCCUAAGCUCACUGCAGAGGAAGCAGCCAGCAGUGUGCACGGAGCACCUGCUAGGUGGGAGGGGGGUUGUGUAAGGGAUGCGGGAGCACACAUCACAAGCCAGACGCGAGUCGGACUUCUCCGAGCAGGAUGCGCUAGGCUAUGCAGCGAUGGAGGUGCUGUCCAUCUUUUCUACACCACCGAAAACUCACGAGUUUAUCACAAAGAGGAACCAAAAAGCUUUGAAAUAAAACCCGAGCAAACAGAUGCAGUCGAGUUUGUGAUCCAUUCCUAUCCCAAGUUUGUGAGCGUGGGAAGUUUCCCGUGCGGUUCUCUACAGGAGAAGAUCUCUUUGGCCGAGCUCCUUUUUAAGAAGGGGGUCAUCCAGAGGGAAUGACUUCAGUCAUGACAACAAAUUCUUCACAAAACAUAAUUUGAGGAACUCAAAACAUAGUCUCGUGCACACAACCACCAAACUUAAUAUUGUUUUCCCCAAAUUAUGAAGCAGUAUUAGGGCCACACUGUAAAAACAAGUUGCCAUUUUACAGGAAUUAAGGUGUAAUUUAAAUGCUCAAUUUCCCAAACAAGUUCGAGACAAGGAGCUGCUGUCAAAAAACCUGACGUACAACUCGUUCAUCAGGUAAUAUCGUUACGUGCUUGUUAAAAACAUUUCUGGUUGAUACCGGGGAGGCCGUUUCCGUUUGUGUAGUUCUUUCUCAGAAACAAAUAAACAAUUGUUACCUUAAACUGACAGUGUAUUACAAAAAAAAAAGGAUUUUCAUGUGUUCACGGGGUACCCCUUCUCCUGCCCGGUGACAGCUGGGAUGGGCUCCAGCACUCCCCGCGACCCUCGUGAGGAUAAGCGGUGAAGAAAAUAGAUGGAUCUAAAAUUGGAACCAGCUAUUUACAUAUACAUACUUUACACAUUUUUUCUUCCCUGUCUUGUAAUCAUUUUCACAUUUUCCAUCAAUUAGGAUUAUAAAGUUUUAUUUUAUGCGGCACAGUGGAUCAGUUGAUAAAGUGUUGGCCUCACAGUUGUGAGGACCCGGGUUCGAUCCCGGCCCCGCCUGUGUGGAGUUUGCAUGUUCUCCCCCGUGCCUGCGUGGGUUUUCUCUGCGCACUCUGGUUUCCUCCCACAUCCCAAAAAUGUGCAACAUUAAUUGGACACUCUAAAUUGCCCUUAGGUGUGAUUGUGAGUGUGGUUUUUUUGUCUCCAUGGCAACCAGUUCGGGGUGUACCCCGCCUCCUGCCUGAUGACAGCUGGGAUAGGCUCCAGCACUCCCUGCUACCCUUGUGAGGAUAAGCGGCAAAAGAAAAUGGAUGGAUGGAAGUUCUAUUUUUCAAAUACCAGCGUAGUGAUUUUUUUCAUUCUUUGAAGUCAGAAGUUUACAUAAAUUUUGAGUUGUUUGGUACCGUUGCCUUUAAAUUGUGACUUGGGUCUAACAGUUUGGAUACCAUUCCAAAAAGAAAUAUCUUGAGCUGUUGGUUCAUCAUUUCUGUCCCAUUUUGUAUGACGGACGCCAUCUAUUUUGUGAAUUUCACAAGUCCCAACUGUAGUGAAGCAACCUUGCGAUACUGCCAUCCCCAUAUUUCAAAUUUGAGACGUCGUUCUCAGGCUUGAAAGAUUCCCCGCUUUUUUUCCUCCAAAAAUCACAAUCCUCAUUGUGGCCAAACAGGUCAAAUUUAAGUUAAUCAGCCCACAGGACACAUCUAAUAAUUACGGUCUUUGUCCCUCUUUGCAUUUGCAAAAUGUAAUCUCGCUUUAAAAAUAUUUCACUUGGAGCACAGGUGUGAAACUCAAGGCCUAGGGGCCAGAUCUGGCCUGCCACAUUAUUUUAUGUGGCCCGCGAAGGCAAAUCAUGUAUGUCAACCUCUGUGAUUCUGGUUCAAAUCUUCAUAAAUCAUAGCAUUGAUGUAUUGCAAUCUUUUUUACAUUACCAAACAUCAGCAAUAGUUGAAAAACCCAUUACCCUUGAUUUCUGAUUCCAAAAGCAAUUCAUAAAUUUCACACGUCAAUAUGAUGAGGUGAUAAACGAUUUUUAUGGUUUCACUGUCACAACGGGCCUCUGAGGAAAACCGGAACUAAAACGUGGCCCGCGACAAAAAUAAGUUUGACACCCCUGACUUAUUAAGAGUAACGGCUUCUUUCCGGCAGUGACAAUGUAAAUCAUGUAUAAAGACUAAAUGUGACCUUAUUGUCCAAACCUGUGACCUCUUCUGCACAUUUGAAACUCAUAAAUGUUGAAACUGUUUUGUCCAGUAUCAGAUUUUUUUUUAAAAUAAAAAGAAAAUUGAGUUUGA